AUGCACUCUGACGUCAAGGCAAUUCGUGGUCCCUUCAUCGACCUCGAAGACCGACGGGACGAUCCUACCCUUCCAUCUUAUGUUGGUUUAAUUGACCGCACGACAGGUGCUGAGACUGCGGAUGUGGGCAACAACUCCUGUUUUCAGGCCGAGAACGCCACUCCCAUUGCGAUGAGUUCCGAUCUUAUCGACCUAGUCGAUCUGUCCGAUACCAAGAUCAUUCCAGUCGACAUGGACCUGAUCAACUUCACCAUGCGCACUUCAAUCAUUCGCCAUGCCGAUUCUGGCUCGUCUGAAUUGUCUAUCACCUCAGACAACGCAUUUGAUUUGGACCCCGAAGCUGGCACCAUCAAUGCCGUGCAUGCGACCAAGUCGUCCUCCGGUUCAGGAGCCACGACCGUGGGCUCCCUCGCCCCCGGUCCAGAUGAAUGCUUAUCUGAGUUUGUUGCUGGCCUGGUCACCAGACUCGAUUCCCUCCUCAAGCUAUUCGAAGAGCGGCUUCAAUGGUGGGGCCGAUUUCAUGCGGAAGUGACAUUUGAGUGA